CAAUUGAGUCAUUAAAUCAAUUAGGAAGCAACACAACUUUGCAGCUUGCCUAUAUGUAUGAUGUAUUGUAUCCUAGCUUAAAUGUGAACGAUCUUCCUUUCCUAAUCCUAGCUUUGCAAUAUUUUUGGGUAUUCAAAACAACACAGUAAAAGAUAUGGACAGGGAACUAUAUUUAGCUCUCACUGAAGAUGACAUUGAUGUCCUAAAGUUGAGAGACUGGCUUCAAGUACGUGAUCAAGUGACACCUACAAAUAAUUCGGUGCUUCAUGUUGCAUGCCAACACGGGAGUAACAAAUGCGUGCAAGAGAUACUUGAACGUGCGGAUGAACCACUACUAUUACAGACCACCUCGAGAGGUGAGACGGCUCUUCAUCUAGCAGCAAGACAGGGGCACCAUCACGCGGUUGAAGCACUUCUUAGCAAGGCCAAGUCUUCGGACCAUCUAUCUGAUGAUGAUCUGGAAAACCCAACUACGAGGCUGCAAAAGCUGAUUAGAGCACCCAAUGUGGAAUUGGAAACUGCCUUGCAUGCUGCAGUUCGAUACAAUCACGAAAAAAUAGUUGGAGUGCUAGUCAAAGAAGAUCCAGGUUAUUCGUAUCCUCGGAACAAGUCUGAUGAAACUCCACUUUACUUGGCUGCCGCUAGGGGUUACGCUGGUGUGACCAAAGUAAUUCUUGACAACUGUGAAUCACCAACAUUCGGUGGUCCCCAUGGACGAACUGCCUUGCAUGGUGCACUAAUGAGUUCAAGAGGAUACGAAUGCAUGAGAUUUCUAGCGAGAAGCAACCCAGAUCUCAUUAAGAAAUUAGAUCAUAAUGGAUGGACAGCGUUUCAUUUCGCAGCAGAAAAUGAUCUUUUGAAUUCCAUUGAAUUUUUAUUGAAUGCCAAUAGAAGGGUGGCAUAUAUAGCAGAUAAAAAAGAUAAGAAGACGCCUCUUCAUAUAGCAGCGUAUAAAGGAUACACUAGGGUGAUUAUGAAACUUUUAAACUAUUUACCGGAUAUUGUGGACAGUGUAGAUGGAAAUGGUCAAAAUAUGUUCCAUAUAGCCCUGAAGCAAGACCAAAGCCUCCUUCUGAAAUUCAUUUUAUCAGAAACUUGGAAAUUUGAUACUUUAAAUGCACUUAUCAUACAAAAAGAUAUGGAAGGGAAUACGCCACUUCACCUGAUUGCCAAGCUGGGAUAUUAUAUUCCCAGAUUGCCGCAAUGGAUACCGAAGACGGAUCAGGAAGUGGUAGACAACACAAAUUUGACUCCAGCAGAAGCACUUUACCAGUAUUAUUCGCCCUUACUAGUAAUUGGUGAGGACGUGGGUGGACUACAUCCACAUAGAGACAACUUUAAUGAUAUUUGGGACAAAUGGACUGGCGGUAAGAUGCAAAAUAUCGAUAGAUCUGAUGUAAAAAGUCACGAUGUAAGGACCGAGAUGCGGAGACAAAGGGCGAAUACACAUAUGGUAGUGGCUGCACUUGUGACAACAGUAGCCUUAACAGCGGGAUUCGCCAUGCCAGGUGGUUUUAACGGCAAUCUAGGACCCGAGCAAGGCUCCCCAUUACUUCUAAGAAAGCCCGCCUUUAAUAUAUUUGUGGUUGCAGAUACGGUCGCUCUCUUGUUUUCAAUUUCCUCUCUGUUUCUUUACUUCACAUUAUCAUUCAAACUCAAGAGGAAGGCCUUUAUUACCUCUUUCUCCUUUGCUGUAGUGCUCAACAUUGCCUCGAUUGCAGCAAUGAUGGUGGCUUUCAUUGCAGGGACUUACGCGGUGCUGUCACACUCAUUAGUUCUGGCCAUUGCUGUUUCUACCCUCUCUUCUUUAUUCCUUCUCCUUGUCUUUUCUCUUAGCUAUAGAACUUCAAUAAACAUGUUAAGGUUUCCUAUACAUGAAACACGUUGGUGGCUUUGCCGCAUGUAUUACUAUAUUGUUUGGAGAAGCCGACGCUGGGAUAUUGUGCGGAGAUUAUGUGAGCGAUCGAUUGACCAUCCUGCCAAAUCUGAUGGUUCAGACUUAGUCUAAACUGUAUAAUAAUACUCUCAUAAAUUUUACUGUCAAGCACAUUUUAAUACUUUUACAAGAUGAUCCGUUCUGUGCGACUGU